UCUGUUUUUUAGGAGCCUUGUUUGCUUCAUCACAUCACAAGCCUCCAAAAGCCAGAUUACAUAAAUCCUCUUAUAAUUACUUGCUGAGCCUCAUUCAGAAAAGUGAGCAUUAUAUUAGAUCCUAAGUUUACAAGCAUUAAGCUUGUAGCAAUAUGAUGGAGUUGAAUGUCAGGUCUAUAGCUGAUGCUGAGGUAGAAGAAACCAUGCGCUUUGACAAGUCUCUUCAGGAGCUGAGGGAACUAAGGUCUCAACUACACAAAGCAGCUGAAUACUGUGAAACAGCUUUCUCUAAGAGUGAAGAGAAUAAUGAUGUGGUGGACGACACAAAAGAGUACAUCUGCAAGAGCAUGGUCACUGUCAUUGAUCAUCUUGGAAACGUAUCUUCCAAUCUCGAUGGCCUUAUUUCUCACACUAAUGCAUUUUCUGAAGCCGAGUUACGAAUCCAAUGCCUUCAACAAAGACUUCUCUCGUGUCAACAAUAUGCUCGCAAAUUGGCCCUCUCAAAAAUGCAAUGCAAUGAGAAUUCGUUGAGAUUUCAUUCGCGUUAUUUAUCACCAUCACCUUCCCUUGUUGAGAGAUCAAGCAGUAAGAAAGUAACAAGAGAUUCCGAAAGUGAAGCUCCUUUGAAGUUAGAUGAUAAACAUUUAUCAGAGACAUACGAGGAUUUGCCACUCUUUAUGUACACCCAUAAGCCUCCAGUUUAUCAGAAUUUGAAGCCAACCACAGGCACACUUAACAGCCACAAUAAUUUGGCCAUGGUGGCACCAAUUAAGGAUGGUUUGUCCUUCUUAUCGAAAGUUCCAAAUCCUAGAUUCCAUUUCCAAAGUACACAGAAGGUUGGACGCCACAGAAGAUCACUGCAUGGUAGUGACAUCUUAUGGCUCUUCAGGCGUUCAAAACGAGUCCAGUGAAAAACCAAGAACCUAUUCAUGUGCAAAUCUUCACUCUUCACAUAGUUUAUAAUGUUUUACCAAUACAAGAAAAUAUUUGUAUUUCAAGCACAGUGAAAGUUUAUCUUUUUUUCGUAA